AUGAAAACUCAAUCUCUAUUUACUCAAUCCCUUCAUGAAUCCACAGAUCAAUUUCAUUUCAAAUUUACUAAGACCAUAUUAUAAAAACAUAAACAUUCAUUUAGUGACCUUUUUGAAAAUAAUUAAUUAGAAUAACACAACAAUUCAAAGAUAAGAAGAAAGAGUUGUCAUUGUAAUGAAUGUGGUAGAAUGAGUAAAUUCUAAUUCAAAUUUAUGAAUAUUAAACAUCAACGACCAUAAAAUAGAAAUCAAAGUUAUACACUUCAUUCAUCUACAUUACCUUGGCCUAAAUAAAAUAAAUUCUCUAUUUAACUUCCAAGUAUUUUCAAAUACAUAAUAAGAUAUCCAACAUAUUCGUAAAAGUUAAGGAUCUUUUCGUAUUAGUAGAAAAUAAUUAUUAAAUGAAAAAUCAGAUGAAUAAAGAUCUCCACUUAUGAUUUAUGACUCAUCAUUCGCUAGAUCUUCUAUUAGUACAACACAAAAAUUAUUGGAAGAUACUGCACUCAAAAAUAAACCUUAUAGACCUAGUGUUUUUUAAUCUCAUGAUACACCCUCUCCACUUAUACUUAAAUCUCAACAAUUAAUAACUGAAAGACUUCCAAAAACUCAGAGAUCUACAAACACUAAAAUCAAACUUCGUAAUAAUCCUAAACUCUUAUGUCCACUCCUUAUUGGCUUUACUAAAAAACUAUUAUGCUUUCAAAAAAUUAAACCAUCGCACAUCAUUAAUCACAAUAGAUUUAAAACAUCAUGA